AUGAGAUUUCUAGCCCCUUUCUGUAUCCUGCCAGUGCUCACAUCUGCCGCCAUCCUUGUCAAUCGUACGAUAGACGAUCAGUAUGGCGACAUCGUUACGGGUGCCUUGCCGACAUAUGCCCCUUCGAACCAAUGGGCCUACGGCCCCUCGUGCAACUCCUGCUUUAUCCACCCCGGGAAUCCUUACAGAUUCGGAGCAGUGGUCGAUGUCUCCCAAGUGUACAACGGAAGCUGGCACGACACCACUUACCACCCCAAUCUUCAUACUCCCACCAUUACAGUGACAUUCGUUGGACAGGCCGUCUACGUCUAUAGCAUCAUCGCCAACACGAUCGCAAACGUUACUACGUUGACCAGCCUUGUCUUCACCCUUGACGGCGAAGUUGUUGGUCACUUCAAACACGGACCAGACUCCUUGGGACCCGUACUGGUGUACAACAUUCCCGUCUACGUCAAUUCGAGUAUACCAUAUGGCGACCAUACCCUCAAGAUCUCGACCGAAGCGGGAACAACGUCUCUGCUAUUAUUCGACUACAUCACAUACACC